AUGAUAAUGCAGUGAUGAUGGAGAUAGACCACGAAGCUAGUCAAGUUUACGUGGAACAAUUAAGUGUUUUACCUAAUCAAUUAGCUACCUCCGGAGCAUUGAGACCUAGUGCUGAAGCUAUUGAUUCUCGUUUAACUACUCCAAUUGUGAUAACUUAUGUAGAUACAGAUAAAAUUAGUUUUGAAAGGAAUAAAUCAGGGAUUUGGGGUUGGAGAAGUGAUAAAACAGAAGUUGUGAGUGAACAUGAAUGUAAAGUAUUUAGUGCUAAUAAUGUAGAAUUAGUGACCAAAACAAGAACAGAGCAUCUAAUAGAGGCUGAUAAGUCACGGCAUCGUUCUCCAAGAUCACCUUUACAAUCAUUUCUUGGAAUUGUUGAAGAAAAAACAGUGUCACCGACUGAAAAUGGAGAUUCCAAAGAAUGUCAUAGUAAUCCAUGCCAUAUAUCUCCUGAAGAAUAUUUUAAUGAAGAAGUUAAUCUGGAAGGAAGAGAUAUUGGAAGACCCAAAGAAAUAACUACAAAAGUACAAAAAUUCAAAGCUAAUUUAUGGCUUUGUGAAAAUUAUCCUUUAUCAUUGCCUGAACAGAUAUUGCCUAUAGUAGAUCUAAUGGCCAUUAGUAGUACUCAUUUUGCAAAAUUAAGGGAUUUUAUUACGCUUCAGUUACCUUCUGGAUUUCCUGUUAAAAUAGAAAUUCCACUGUUUCAUGUAUUGAAUGCUCGUAUUACAUUUGGUAAUAUAUUUGCAAUGGAUGAGGCAGUAACAGGAGUAACACCAAUUAAGGAAGAUAGUCCAGUUGCCUGUUAUAUAGAUGAUUCUUGUUUUGAGCCUCCGGUUGGCUAUGUUAGAUUAGGAAAUAAUGAACUACGUCAUCUGAGCAUUGACGAUGACGACGAACUUCUCCAAUAUGCCAUCCAACAAUCUCUCAUGGAAGCAGGAAGUGAAGAUGAUCAGGUUACCAUAUGGGAAGUUCUACGAGCACAGCGACCAUCAAAUACCAUACAGUCGGAUGAAGACCAAGCUCUUCAGAGAGCAAUUCAAGAAAGUAUGGCUUCUUACUUAAGCUCUUCCGAUAAUUUACCACCAGAAAACGAAGUUAGAGGAGAAGCGAACAAUGACGAAUCUCAAUUGGAGCUGGCAUUAAAAUUAUCGGAACAACAAAAAGAAGAGGACGAGAGAAAAAGACGAGAAGAAGAAGACAUAUUGGAAAGAAUUUUACAAUUAUCUCUAACGGAAAAGUAACUUAGGCUCCUUACUUGUGAUACGAUUAAAGGUAAUUCUCGAUAAGGCAAUAUUUACUUCAAAUAUAUAUAAAUAUAUAUAUAUAUAAUAUUUUCGGGCCGAUGGUAUUUAUAAAAUUAUAGUCGAGGAACAUCGACUUUCGGUCAGUUUAUGUAAAUGCACAAUCGAUUAAUCGAUUUUUAAUAAAUCUGGUUUUUGAUACUAGUUUAAAAAAAAACAUCCGAAUGCUUUUUAUCUUCUUCGUUUUCCCUCUUCCUCGACGAAGCAUUAGGUAAAAAAAAAUGAAGACUUCGGUGCAGCCUUUAUUAGUUAUUAACCGAAGCCAAACUUUGUACAUAGGUUUUUUGCCGUUGCUGUAUAAAUUGCCGAUGUUUUCACUUUAAAAAAGCGUUGACAAACGUUGAAAUUUUAAAAAACGGAAUUCGUAUUUGUCUUUUUUUGAUAUGUUGCGUAUUAAAUUAAAAAAACCAAAAAAAAAUAUCUGUGACCCGAUGCGAAGAUUCGAAUCGCUUCCGUUCGAAAACUCUACCAUACGUACAGUAAGCUAGCACUGCCAUUUUUGGACAGCAUUUAGCGUAAUUCGAACGAUACAAAUAGUUUGUAUCAUGUAAAUUAUAUUAUAUAAAUUGUAGAUUUUUUUUAAAAAAAGAUCUGCAAAAUUAUUAAAAAUUAAGAAUCAUUAUAUAUAAACUUUAGCCCGUACAAUUCCAUUGCUACGCUUCUUCUACCAGAAACUAUCUUCCGAGUUACCCAUGAUAUUUACAUGGACGUUACAUUUAUAAAAAAUUGGAAAAUUUUUGUUUGGAUUUGAAGCUAAAAACAAAUUGAUUCUUAAUUUUUUAAUGAUUUUGGAUUCAUUAUACUUUAUCCUGUUUACUUUUAAACUUUUAAAGCAUAAACUUGUAUUUUAAAACUAAUUCGGUUUCUUCCAUUUGAAAAAUUAUAUUUGUACGAUACUUUCUUGAAUUUUAAGAUAUUCCAGAAUAAUCCGAAAGUAUGUAUAUCUUUGUAAUUUUGAUUUAAAUUAUGAUCAUAAGUAAAUCGAUGUUUUAGAAAAUUCCAAGUUUCUGACUUAUUUAUACAUGGUAACAAUUGACACCAUACAUUCUACAUUGGACACAAAUAACUAUUUACCGAAAUAUUUUAGAACACUGCCGGUUUUAGGUUGUGAGAUGCCUUAGUUAAGCAUAGACUUGAGGCCUCUUAUAAGUUUAUGUUGUAAAGCCCGUACCUAAGAUACUCGAUAUUGUUCGAGUCCAGGAUCAUAGCAGAGGGGGAAACUGAAUUCCUAGCGUUGGACGAAGAAGCAUAUAUUUGUUCGUGUUUGAGGCCCCUAAAAACGAGGCCCUAAGCAAAAAUCUAAUUUACCUAUGUCUAAAACUGCCAUUGCCUUCGACAAAUGCGAUAAUAAACCGAAGAAUUAAAUAACAUCUGAAAUACAUAAAUUUAUAAUUAUUAACUGUAAUAAGUAUUUUUUUAAUAUCAAUCUCUAGUAUUUUUUAAAGUAUAAAUUAAGAAGUUUUGGUGUUUUAAUUAAAAAGUUUACGUAUGAAUAUUACGCUUUUUGUUUCUUAGAUAAUUUUUUUAAAAUCAAGUAUCAGAGAAGAGAAUUCACAAAUUAUUACAGAAAUAUAGCGGUAUUUAGUGCUAGAAAGAAUAUUUAAAUAGUAUAAAGUGUAAUGAAGUAAAAAUUUACUUUCCCAGCUGUUGUACGUUAGAAGGAAAAUGCUGUACUGUAGUUGGUCAAAUUUUGACUCUCCGGAUGUCUUAAGGUCCUCUGAUUCCAAAAACAGUUCUCUCUCUUUUUUUAAAUGUGUGUGUAGGGUGUGUGUGGUGUGUGAGUUGCGUGUCUUAUGCUUUAUAUCGGGACCCCUUGGACCUAAAAUUUUGAAAUUUGGCAGGAAUACUUAGGAAUAUAUAUAUAUGGUAUAUUGAUGCUAUUAUAUCUUGGAGAUAAUAAGUCAAAAGGAAGAUAUAGGGGAGGAAAGGGGAUCGUAUCUCGAAAGGUCGAAUGGGGUCAGGCUUAAUAAAGAUCAUUACUCGUUAUUGUCAUUUACCAAUUUAAAAAAAUAAAAUAAAAAUCGAUACCUAUCCCAAAAAAUAAGCCUUUUGCCUUUUUAUAGUUAUAAUAAUUAUUUUUAAAAUUAUCUUUUAAUAAAAUCUCAUAACAGAUUGCUUCGCGCACAAUUUUAAUUCUGAGCAGUAAUUUUAGUGUUUACCCCUAUAAUAAUCCAUUUUUAUACAAAUAUUUCUCAUUUGUAAAAAUAGAAAAAUUUCUCAUAAUUCAGUAAAAUUACUCUGUUUAAGCUUCUGUUAUUUGUAUGUUAUAUCAUAGUAUCGUUGAAAAUGAUCGGACUUAUUUCCUGGCUCCUUGAACCUCCUGUUCGAGCCGGAAAAGUACAAGAACUCUCUCCAGCUUUUUUUUUUAAUCUCGUGUUGUAUAUACUUUAUAAAGCAAUAAGUUUGUCAUCUUCGGUGUCUCUUUUCAAACGUGCUGUUACCUCAUUUUCUAGUAGUUUGGUUUAAUGUGAGGUGUGACGACACGUACAACGCUGGAUGCGAACGGGGUAUAAUACCUCGUUCGCACCAAGCAUUUCGAUCUAGAUUGUGACUAAGGUGGAAGAGUGUUCCGUGGUGCGAACGCUAUCGACCGUUUCAAUCGCGAUCCGACUGGAGAGAGUUCGUGAAACUAGAUCCAGUCAUAAGAAACUAGAUCCCACAAUCCCACGCGCGCGAGAAAAUACAAGAUGGCUGCGGAACACGUGUCGAGCUAUCGACAGAGAAAUAAAAAAGACAC